AUGAAUUGGCAGAGUAUCCCAGCUACAUCUAUCCAAGAAUGGCUUAUAGCGGUCGCUUCACAGGUUAACAAGGAGGUUAUGAACAAGGUGAUCAUGCUUAUGUGGGGCAUUUGGAAGAAUAGAAAUGCGCAGGUCUGGGACCAAAAAAGCAAGCAUGCUUCCGAGGCUUAUCUAUUUACGAUGGGGUGGUAUGAGGAUUUCAAGAAAAGUACUGCAAGGCCUCCACAACAAUCUAGGGAGCCUAUUCGAUGGCAACCACCUACAGAGAGAGUCUUAAAGAUGAAUUGUGACGGUGCAUAUCAGGCCGCUUCAAGACACGGUGGCGUAGGGUGCGUGUUGCAGAAUAGUGAUGGCAUCUUCCUUGCUUGUCAAGUGCGCCCAUAUGCCUUCCUUAUGUUCCCCUUUCAUGCUGAACUUGCAGCGCUCAAAGAUGGGAUAAUCAUGGCUCAAACCAUGCAGCACUCCGAGGUAAUCUUUGAAAGUGAUUGUGCUUUGUUGGUCCAAGCCAUCCAGAUGGUUUCACAUGAUCUCUCUACUAUGAAUGUUUUGAUUGAAGAGGUUAGAUCUUUAUUACGAGAUAAUCCUGGAUUUAGCAUUAUACAUGUCAAAAGAGAAGCUAACAAGAUUGCACAUCUGUUGGCUUCUCAUGCUAUUAGGAAUAAUGUAAGCCAACUUUGGUUGGUAACAGCUCCCGAAUUUAUGAGGGAUGACAUUCGAAACAAUGUAAUCGUUAUCUGA